UUAUUUUCGUCUGCACAGUUAGUAGCACCUAUAUGUUAUAUUUUGUAGAUAAUACGUUUUAAUUAUUUUCGACAAUCGACACUCAUUACUCAGUAGUUACUACUUACUAGUGUUACUACUCACUAGUUAGUACUGUGGUGCCUGUGCGUAGUGUUCAUCGUUUGUAAAUGCGUUCGUCAGAUUGUGGAUAGGCGAGUGAAAUUCUACUGUCUUUACUUAUUACUCAUUCGUAGUGAAUUACACCCGAAAGUGCUCCUCUCGUCGAAAGUUUUCCACAACCCCUACACGAGAUUGCUUGAACCGUGUCCCACCUUCCCGACCACCUCUUGAACGUGAAAAACUUUUCUCAAACGACACGUUAUCCGGCACGCGCUACCACCCGCUCAUCAUCCUCCCACCCACUGACUACAGACGCACGAAGAGUGAAAAUGAUGUGAGCUGCGGCCGUCGGCAAGCCAAUUUUUUGUUCGUUGGGCGGUAGUGCCUCUCCCUUUGCGCGAGUACACUCGUCUGUCCGAGUAUUCGACGCUGUUGUGACUUUGUAUUUCGUUUAUUUAAUAAAAUAAUAUUCCAAACAAACCGACGUGUGCUACCUACAUUCAGCAACUCCAGUUUAACGUUCCAUUUUCAUUUUUUGAAUUUUUUUUCGCAUGGUGUAAUCGAUAUGAAAACCGACUUAAGCAUAGAGAUGCCAGACGGACGGCUGAAAAAAUUUGGUUACAGAGCUACUGUAACCUGCAAAGUAAUCAUCCGUAUAUUAUUUGUACUCAUCAACAACAUCUAUUGUAUACCAACAUAUUGUGUUUGGAUGAUUAUAUUUUUCCCUUUGCGGAAGAUUCAUCCAAAUCUAUAUUGGAAACUUGAAGGCUUAUUUUUCCAUUGGCUAUUAGCAAUGGUUUCUAUGUGGUCUUGGUCAGCUGGUUAUGACAUUGUUGAAAUGGGUGAUGAUAUUAGAUUAUGUUUGAAUGAUCGUACACUGGUGUUAGUUAAUCAUCAAUCUACAGCAGAUGUGCCAAUGCUGAUGACAAAUUUUAAUUCCAAGGCCGGAGUGUUGCCCAAUAUUAUGUGGAUCAUGGACAGGAUAUUCAAGUUUACUAAUUUUGGUAUUGUUUCUAUUAUACAUCAGGAUUUUUUUAUCUUAUCAGGUAAAGAUCAAAGAGAACAAGCUGUUAGAGAAUUAAGGACUCAUAUUCGUGGAUCAUAUUUGCCUCGUCAGCGAAAAUUAAUUAUUUUAUUUCCAGAAGGUGGAUUUUUAAGAAAAAGACGAGAAGCUAGUCAAAGGUAUGCGCAGAAAAACAAUUUACCUUUAUUAGAACAUGUUACGUUACCAAGAUUAGGAGCUUUUUCAGCAAUCAUUGAUGAACUUUCACCAAAACAAACAAAAUAUGGUGGUGUGACUAACAAUAAUACCGAAUUCAAUGAAAAUACCGACAAAUUAGCAUGGAUUUUGGAUGUAACAGUUGCAUAUUCUGAAGGAAGACCAUUAGAUUUACCCACUAUCAUUAUGGGUCAAAGAAGAGCUUGCCGUACACAUAUGUACUAUAGAUUAUUUCCCAGUUCACUUGUUCCUAGAGAACAAGAAGAAAUGACUCAAUGGUUAUUUGAUCGUUGGGAAGAAAAAGAACGUCUUCUAGAGACAUUCUAUUCUACUGGUGAAUUCCCUAGUCACAAAGGAUCACGUCAAACAGCUGUUAUCCAACAAGAUUGUGUACGGUUCCUUAUAUUACAUCUAUUUUUUAUUGCAUCAUCAUAUGCUCACUACAGGAUUAUUCAUUAUUUGAUUGGAUUAGUAUGGUAAACUGAAAGAAACAAAAAAAAAAUAACAACAAAGAGAGGAAAAACGAACUUUAUCUAUGUUUAGAUUUUCUGUAUUCAUAUAUUUAUUUUAUGUAUGCAUAACUUAUAUAACAGCUGGUAUUAAAACCAAUGAAUAAAUGUGAAUGAACUGUAGGAUGUUGUAUAAAAUACAAAAUAAACAUUUUUAUUAAUAACAUUAACAUAUAAGGAUAUCACUUACAAAAUAACUUAACUAAAUAGCACGAACGAGUUUAGUAACUGUGAUUUACUUUAUGUGUUACAUAUUUUGUUUAAAUUAUCAUAUGAACAUCAAUGUUUAUUUUGUUUUCUUCUAACUAUUGAUUUAAUUUUUUUUUUUUUUUUUUGUAAAUAUCAAGUAAAAUAUUGUAAUAUUAAGAAUCAUUAUUUUAUUAUUGUUUUUUUCUUUUUCUUAUAUAUAUAGUAUGUAUAUAUUAUAUAUACAUAUUUAUAUUAAUAAAUCAUAGACUUUGUAAUUUAAUGAUAAAUAUGAUUUACUAAUACAUUUUUAUUUUAUUUUGAGAUAAACCUUAUAAUAUAUUGUUCUUGUGAUUUGAAGAUCAUUUCAAUCACGCCUCUGAACCUAUAGGUUUGAUGAUUAUAUCUUGCACCUGAAACAAAUUGUUAUAACUAUUAAACUAUGAAAAAAUUGUACAUUGAAUAUUUAUUAUUUUCUGAUAUAUGAAUAUUUUGGAAUAUGGUUCUCCAAGAGUUUUACAUACAUUUUAAUGAUAAAUUGAAGCUUUGUAUUUAUUUUAACGCGUACAAUUUUUUUGUAUGCCAACUAAUGUGUUUGCAAGAUAUCAUGUUAAUUAUUAGUCUUCUGUGUUGUGACUGUGAUAACAUUUGUAUAAUAUAUUAUAUUAUAUUUUAUAGUAUACGAUUUAUUCUUGUAUUGUUAUACAUUUUCACUUUAAAUUUACAUUUUACUUAACUAAAAUCAAUCACUGUACAGAAGACUUGUAGAUUGUAAUCAUCCAUUAAUUGUAUUGUUUUCCUUACAUUAUGACAUUAUUUUAUGAAUCAUUUUUAUUUUUUUUAUAAUCUCGUAUAUAUAUAUAUAUAUAUAUAUAUAUAUAUAUAUACUAUUUUCUCUGAAAACCAUUUUAUACUAUUUUUUUUUUCAUUAUUAUUUAUUAAAACAAUUGUCGUUUCUUUUACUACUAUUUUGCAUUAAUUGUAUUUUAUAUAUAAUAUAUAUAUAUAUAUUAUAUAUUUUUGAGUGAUUGAAAUUAUUACAUAGAGGCAUUUUGUAUAUCAUUAUAUGAAUAAGUGAAAGUAAAAUGUAUUUUUAAAUCCAUUGUAUGAAAAUUCUGUUAGUUUUUAAGAAUUAAUGAGCCUAAAUUGUAACAGUUAAAAGAAGGUUGUUGUUUGAUUCCAGAACUAUUGUACUUUUUAUGGAAUACUUACAUUUUGUAAUGGUUCUGUGAAGGCCAAAAUUAAAAUAAAUAAAUACGGUUUCCUAUCAUAA